AUGUUCUCCCAGAACCACCAACAGGGUCACAACUCCCGCAUGAACGGCACCCUCGGCGGUCAGCGCAUGCCUGUCCAAUUCAACUACCAGCAGGGACAACACCAUCAGCAGGGUCACGUUCAGCAUCACCAGCCCGGGCAGCAAGACCAUGCGGGACAUAACGGCAAUGGGCCCGUCCUGGGGCACCAUUCAUCCUACUCAUCGGGCGUCAUGUCGAGCGCAAGCCCUUUUACCAAUGCCAUGCAAAAUGGCCACACAUCGACCACCCGUGGGGGUCAGGCCCAGCCCAUCAGUGAACACUGGGCCGAGCAGCUUCGCAUGCACAAGGAGGCCGAGCGUGCCCACACAGCCAUGACGGAUCAGAACCAGCCACAUUAUUACGCUCGACUUAAGGCGGCCGAGAAUAAGGGCAUCGGCUAUCCGUCUCCUCCCUCUGGCAAGAACCCCUCUGGCGAUACCGACACGGACGAUAGGAGGCGCCCAUACAGCGUCGAGAAAGCAAGAGGCCCUCAGGCGUGGCACAAUCUGGACAUGAGCGGUCAAGGGCUGCGAAACCUAACGCCUGCCUUGUUUGCCUAUACUUUCUUGAGCGAACUGUACAUUGCCUCGAACAAGAUCUCGCAUCUCCCCGCCUCCAUCGGCCAGCUGCGCCAGCUGCGCCUUCUCGAAGCCUCGUACAACCAAAUCGAAAUUCUUCCCCCUGAGCUCGGCAUGUGCACCUACAUGAAGGAGCUUCUCCUCUUCAACAACCAGAUCAAGGUCUUGCCGUUCGAACUGGGCUCCAUGCAUCUUCUCGAACAAUUGGGAUUAGAGGGCAACCCCCUUGAUGCCACCCAGAAGAGCACUCUGGCGGAGAAGGGCACCAAGACUUUGAUCCACAUGCUCAAGGAGAAGGGCGAAGAACCCCCCGAGCCGAUCGAGAGGAAGUUUGUUACGAUCCAGGAGGACGUCAACCCCAGCCUGGAGAGAAUCAAGGUCCUGUCGUGGAACGUUCUCUGUGACAAAUACGCAACACCCCAAACCUACGGAUACACGCCAUCGGAACCGCUCGGAUGGGAAUAUCGCAAGAAGCUGAUUUACAAAGAGAUUGGCGAGAAGAGGGCGGACUUCCUCUGUUUGCAGGAAAUCUCGACCGAAGCCUUCAAGGAAGAGUUCAGCCCCGAGCUGGCAAAAUACGAGUACAGGGGCGUACAGUGGCCCAAGACUCGUGCCAAGACCAUGAAUGAGCGAGAUGCCCUCGGCGUCGACGGAUGCGCCACCUUUUUCAACGCGAGCAAAUUCAUCCUGCUCGACAAGCACGUUGUCGAAUUCGCGACCAUCGCCAUUAACAGACCAGACAUGAAGAACCAGCAUGAUGUCUUCAACCGCGUCAUGCCCAAGGACAACAUCGCUGUGGUUAUCUUCCUAGAGAGCCGGCAGACAGGCGCUCGUUUCAUCCUUGUCAACGGUCACCUGGCAUGGGAGUCGGUUCUGGCAGACGUCAAGCUGAUCCAGACGGGCAUUCUCAUGGAGCAAGUCGCCAAGCUCGCAGAGCGUUGGGUGCGUAUGCCUGCCGUGAAGGACAAGAAGCCCUUUGCAUUCUCCGGAUCAGGCGACAAGGCAUCCCCUGUCGUGGAGCCUGCGCCCAGCCAAGAGUACCGCAAUGUCACCGAUAUACCCCUUCUCGUUUGCGGCGACUUCAACUCGACAUUCGACAGCUCCGUGUACGAACUCUUGGCCCAAGGCCGGGUCUCGCCUGACCACAAGGAGCUCGCAAGCUUCCAGUACGGCAACUUUACUCGCGACGGCAUUGAGCACCCCUUCAGCCUGCGCGACGCCUACGCCCCAACGCACGGCACGCCCGACCAGCUGCCUUACACAAACUACACGCCAGGAUUCACUGAUGUCAUCGAUUAUCUCUGGUUCUCAACCAACACCUUGGAAGUCGUUGACCUCCUCGGUCCUCCCGAUGCCGAAUACCUCAAGCGUGUACCGGCGUUCCCUCACUGGCAUUUCCCGUCGGACCACAUGCAAAUCAUGGCUGAAUUUGUUGUCAAAGCAAGGAAAGACAAAAAGGCAAUCGUCGAACCCGACUUUGGAUCAGGAAGCGGCAGCGGUGGUGGCAAGCGCUGA